AUGAGUGACUCCCUCAGCUGGGGCGGAGAAGUGAACAGCAUUCACCCAGAAUGCCGAUUUCAUCUGGAAAUACAGGAGGAAGAAACAAAAUGUGCUGAGCUUCUCAGGACUCCGACAGACAAGCACACAGCCUGCCCUGGUGUCUGGGACAACAUCACCUGCUGGCGCCCUGCAGAGGUGGGGGAGACGGUCACCGUGCCCUGUCCCCAGGUGUUCAGCCAUUUCUACAGCAAACCAGGAAACAUCAGCAAAAACUGCACCAGUGACGGGUGGUCGGAGGCAUUUCCUGACUUCGUCGAGGCCUGCGGCUACAGUGACCCCGAGGACGAGGGCAAGAUCGCGUUCUAUGUGCUGGUGAAGGCCGUCUACACCCUGGGCUACAGCGUCUCUCUGGUCUCUCUGGCCACGGGAAGCUUGAUCCUCUGCCUCUUCAGGAAGCUACACUGCACCAGGAACUACAUCCACCUGAACCUGUUCCUAUCCUUCAUCCUGAGAGCCGUCUCAGUUUUGGUCAAGGAUAACAUCCUCUACUCCAGCUCGGGCACCCUGCACUGCCCGGACCAGCCAUCCUCCUGGGUCGGCUGCAAGCUCAGCCUGGUCUUCUUCCAGUACUGCAUCAUGGCGAACUUCUACUGGCUCCUGGUGGAGGGGCUCUACCUGCACACGCUGCUGGUGGCCGUCCUCCCGCCCAGCAGGUGCUUCCUGGCCUAUCUCCUGAUCGGAUGGGGCAUCCCCACCAUCUGCAUAGGCGCGUGGACCGCGACCCGGCUCUCUCUAGAAGACACAGGUUGCUGGGACACCAACGAGCACAGCGUCCCCUGGUGGGUGAUCCGGAUGCCCAUCCUGGUCUCCAUCCUGGUCAACUUCAUCCUCUUCAUCAGCAUCAUCAGGAUUCUACUGCAGAAGCUGAUGUCCCCCGACGUCGGUGGGAACGACCAGUCUCAGUACAAGAGACUGGCCAAGUCCACGCUGCUGCUCAUCCCGCUGUUUGGCGUCCACUACGUGGUGUUUGCCGCUUUCCCCAUCGGCAUCUCUGCCAAGUACCAGAUCCUGCUGGAGCUGUGCGGCGGGUCCUUCCAGGGCCUGGUGGUGGCCGUUCUCUACUGCUUCCUGAACAGUGAGGUGCGGUGCGAGCUGAAGAGGAGGUGGCCAGGCCUAGGCCUCCACCCGUCCCAACCCAGUGGCCGGGACUACCGGCUCCACAGCUGGUCCAUCUCCCGGAACGGCUCAGAGAGCGCCCUGCAGACCCACCGGGGUUCCCGCACCCAGUCCUUCCUGCAGACAGAGACCUCCGUCCUCUAGCCAGGCCCCUCACUGCAGAGCAGGCAGAGCUGCGGGCUGCGGGCCCCCCGUGGUGAGCUGCUUCCUCCCGCCCCACCAGUGAGGCGCCCAUCGAUCCCAGGGUGACCUGAUCCUGCAGUGGGCCUGAUCCUGGGUGGGACGGGCCACGCGGUGGACAGGGACCACUCUGCUCAGAACCUGCAGCUACACAGGCAGAUCCAUUUCAGAGGGAGACAAGAUGAGCCCCAGACACAAAGCCUAGAAGCAGAGGAGGGGCUUCUUCUUCCCUACUGCCCCCUGCAUUGGCCAGGCCUGUCCCAGGCAGGGAGCUGCCCUGGACACAGCCACCCUAGCACCAUCCACAGCCUCCACCCUCUCCUGGCCCCACAGGGUGCUGACCCAGCAGCCAGGUCAGAGCUCCUGUGAAAUUCCUCCUUAAACCAGGGCAGACGGGAAGUGAGCCAGCCCUCCCAGCACUCUUCUGGUCCCCAGGCCUGUCCUCUCUGGCCUCUGGGGGGACAUUUGCAUUUCAGUGGCCUCCUGGGCAGCUCAAGCACCUCCCACAGGCGGCCAGAGCCCUGCGAUCUGCCCCAGGGCUGAGGGAUCUACUGGGAGCAACAUCAACCCUGUUCUCUGCUUAAUGAAAAUAAUCUUAAAAUUGCUUCUGUUUAAAUGGAGACUCCUUUAAGGGAAGAUAAAGUGUAUCAAGCACUCCUAGCCAA